AGAGAUAAAUAGUUAAAAAGAUAUAUGAGCAGUGUAAUAAAAAAAGCAGAGACUUUAAUCUACGAGAAAUAAGCGCAUUUAACAAGAAUUAAAAAGGAUAUAACGAGAAGAAGCGACAAAUAUAAUCUUUGCUCACAUUGCGAAAAUAUGCUUAUCAUAUAUGAAUUUUAAUAAAUGUGUUUCUAAAGAGCUACGCAAAUUUAAUUAUCAACUCUGUACUAUUCAACCUUCAUCACUUUUGAGAAGAAGAGACAUUUUUAUAAAGAUGGAAAGAGAAUUGAUUAAUUUUAAAAUUUCUGCACCGGGCAGAAUCGUCUUAUCCGGAGAGCAUUUGGCGAUGUAUGAACGACAUUUUGUUGUGGCCGGUUUAGAUCUUCGUACCAAACUUGAGUUUUGUGAACUACCUGAGACAGAAAGAAUUAUUAGGAUAGAAUUCUCUCGUGUCGACCUACAGUGCGCUAUACCUUUGGCAAUAGUUGAAUCCUAUUUUUUUCAUCCAACUGUUUCAACUAUUAAGACAAAUCCAGUCGAGUUUCUUAAAUACGUGAAAUUCUUUAUCGACCAGGCUCGCAUGUGGAAUACAUGCGAACAGAGAUUUAGCUUGCAAAUAUUUUUUUACUUGCUUUGUUUUAUGACCAACAAUCUCGAGAGAAGACCUUUUCACGUGCGUGUGUCCACUGAAAUUCCUUUCGGCUCUGGUCUUGGAAGUUCGACAUCGUUCGCUGGAUGUUUGGCAGCGUGUUUUCUUCAUUGGGAGCGUCGACAGAAAAGUUAUCAUAUUGCAUUUAAUAACUGGGAAUUAGAUGAAAUUGAACAAUACGCUAAAUCCUGCGAAAAUGUUAUGCAAGACAAUAUAAUCGCAUCGAUCGAUGCUAAAAUUUGCCUACGCGGCGGAAUAAAAAAAUGUCGACGUACGAAUUAUCAAAGUCAUUUUACGGAGACCAUCGAUUUCGUAUCAGGACUAAGGAUUUUAUUGAUUAAUACAAAUAUUUCCCAAAAUAAAGAACAACGAGCGCAACAAAUGGUUAAUCUGCGAUGUAAAAAUCUGAUCGAUUUCUUUUCUUUAUUAUAUAUAUUAGACGCAAUCGCAAAAAAUAUAUGGGAUAAGCUUAACGUUAUUCGUAAUAAUUCCGUAGAUAGCCCAUCUUGUCAGGAUCUUUACCGUCAGUUAGAGAACGAGAUUAGGAGAAAUCAACUAUUAUUGAAAUAUAAUAAUUUGUCGGAUCCGAAAGUUGAUGAAGUUUGUUCGUUUGCAAAAAAUUUUAAAUUGAACGGAAAGCUUACAGGUUUUCAAGGCGGAUAUGUAUACAUUCUGCUACCUCCAAUGCUUACAGAUGAAAAAAUCGAAUAUAUUAAGGCACAAUUCUUAGAACAAUAUCCCAAUUGCAUAUCUACCACCUUUGAUUAUGAUGGAGUGAGAAUUGAUCAGUAAUUCUAUUCUAAAAACAUAGCGACGUUAUAUAUAUAAAUGAUUAAAUAAUGACUCACUAAACGUAAAAACUAGGACAAAAUUUUUAAUUUAAUAACUGUAGUAUUUUAAGGGAAAUAAGACCAACG